CAACUCCUGGCCUCAAGCAAACCACCCGCCUUGGCCUCCCAAAGUGCUAGGCUUACAGAUGUGAGUCACUGGCCCAGCCUGAUUACCUUCAUAUGAUUAUCAGAUCACAGUAAAUGCUAUGGGGUUGUUUUUAUUAAAACAACCAACCAACCAACCAGAACUGCCCUGCUGUUUGUUAGAGUGACCGGCCCAGGGAGUGCUGGGGUGACUCAGGUGUCCCAGGUAGCAGAGCCAACCCCCACGGCCCCUCCCUUUGUGACCUGGUCCCCUCUUGAUGUAACCCUAUGCUCUGGGUUCCCUUACCUCCUCUGUGGGCUUUAGCCCCUCCCCUCUCCAGUCCUCAUUUGCUGGCCUCUCUCCCUCACUCAACUUCUGCCCCUGCUCCUGGACUGCCCCCUUCUGUCUCUGAGUGCCCCUUUCCUCAUUUCUCCACUUCCUUCCCCUGCUCCUGUCCUGGAGUCUCUCCCUUCAGUGUCUCCUUCGACCCCGCCAGCUCUGCCCCCCUUCUCUGUGCCCCCAGACCAGCCCUCUCCUGCCCCUCGUCUUCCUCUUUUUCCUCUCCUCUCCUCUCCCUGCUCCUGUCCUGUUUCUCCUCCUUGUCAGCUCUCACUCUCUGACCCUCAGUUUCAUGGGUGCAUGUCCCUUUACCCCAUCCCUCCACAGGCCCUGGUGCACGUGCAUCUACUCUGCAUCUACUCCCUCUAAUAGGGUCCUGACAGAAGCCCCUGACAGAAUGUAGCGCCUAGAAUGGGGGCAGAGAAGCCGCCCCGUAAGCGGCAGGAUUCACCAGGGAGGGUGGAGAUUUCUCUGAGUUGGGAGGUCGCCUCCAGGCAGCCUUGAGUUUAAGGGAGCCUCUCAUGCCUUCCUUAGUGGCUCCAUGGGAUCCCAGGGCCCUGAGGGACAGGCUGGGGGUGGAGUGGGAAGUCAGCUCUGGCUCUGAAGUGCAACAGGACUUCCAACGAUGUCCUCUCCAAACCACGGUGGGGUUCCAGGAGGUGGGUACAGAGUCUUUCCAGCCGCUGUCGGGCUCAGGCAGCACGUGCAGCUCCCUUUCCUUGGGGACCCUUCCCUUGGGGGUCCUGCCAGCUCACAGUGUGUGCACCCUACUCAGAGUCGGGCCAGCCCAUGUCCCCAAACUUUGCUGGACAUGCGGAGUCUAUGGCUCACAAAACAGCCCCCUUCUCCCCAGUUGGAGCCUGGCCCAGGAACAAGUCCCACAUGUGAACCAUGUUGGGUGGGAGGACCUCGCUACCUCCGCCCCACCAGCAUCACCUGUCUCUAGGGGCUGCAGAGACCCGUAGGCCUGGCUGUCUCCUCAAGAGGGAAUCCCACAUGUUCCAGUUGUACUGGGCCCCCGUGGCCGGCUAUACGCCCAUCCUAGACUCCUGGGCAGAUGUCUCUGGCUCCUUUUUCACCUCUCCGAUAGAACAGCCUUUUGCAGAGCUCUCUCUACCUCCCUAAGAGCACCCAUGGGGACCAUCUGACCUCUGCGACAAAUGUCAUUACAGCAGGAACUGCCUUAGCUGCAGGCUGUGAAGUCUGGCUACUCCUUCCUCAAAUCAUGAGCUCUUGAGGGAACUUUCUCCUAUGUCUGGGACCUCCUAACUCUUCUCCACUUUGCAUCCGAAGCAAGCAUUUAAAAGCACAUGCUUAAAUACAUGACUUCCCUCCGUGGCAGGCUCCUUUGGUUGGCUAAGCCAACCCCUAUUUCAACUCUUCUGUUUGCUUCUUCCACCUGGAAGAGCUAAAUGUUCAUUGUCUCCUGCAUGGUCACAUGUGCCUGUGGGACUAAGUGUUGGCCAAUGAGAUGGGUGGCUUCUUAGGAAGAUUGUUUUUCCCUGAUAAAAGGAACAUAUUCAGCUGGCGUCAUCCUUUCUCUCCUUCCUCUUUCUUCUAGUACUGAACGCACAUGCAAUGCCCAGAUUUCAGCAGUCAUUUAUGACCAUAAGGCUACAACCUGACAUGCUAAUGACAGUGAACCACGAUUCAACAGCUAUGGGUGUGAUGGACCUGAGGCCAGGCUGAGAUGAUGCUCACAGGACUCGCAUACUGACCGGAACCCCGCCUGAUCGCACGGGAAGUCCACUGGAAACCCUCGUGGAGCCCACCGGAAGUUUAGCGAAACACCCUCAACUUCCGUAAGAGCGCAGGAAGUUUGACAGAAAACCGCCGGAAACGGACAGAAAGGAGUCCCUGCGACCCCGUAACCUCCUGUGGCGCCCCCUGUUGGCAGAGUCGUAGCGAGGCCGAAAUGAGGUCCGCGACGUGGCUGAGUGAGCAUCCCGGCUGCCUGUGGAUGGGUGGGUGUGGGGCUGAGAGGCGACGACAGUGGGGAGCUUCCUCAGCGAUCCUGGGCUUCUCGGGUCAGGCCGACUUCAGUGCGGGCUGGAGGCCAUGCACAAUACCAAGCGCAUGGCGUGGUCCUCAGCUGCCUCGGGACUGGCUUCGCCUCUGCUCCUGGCCCUGGGAUGGGGGCCAAAGGUUUUGGGCAGUGGCAGCAGCAGGAGGAAGUAGUACCUGGAAAACGUGUCUCCUGAUUCGACCCUUCCUGUCUGGAGGGCUGGGCUGUGGUUUGUUCCCAUAGCAACGAACAGGGCUCCCCUGGGCACCAGCCCCUUAGAUACGGUGUGCCCCGGGAGGGCGCUGCAGGAGCUACAGGUCCCUCUGGUGGGAAGGGAGGCGGGAGGUGGGCUGGGGCAGCCCGACUGGCCUGCGUGGAUACACUACACUUCCUGGUCGGGGACAGGGUGAAGAGGGUUGGUCCCCACCUCUGCCUUGAGCAGAGCUUCCAGUAGGUGAAGCAGUGGGGGUCUCCUGCCUGCCGGAAGGAUGGGUGGGGCUUCCACAUCUCAGCCCAGUAGGGUGGACUGACCGGUCCUCUGACCUCUGGCUCCUUGGAGGGACUGGCCUGAAGUGGGUCCUGGCAUCCCCAGCCUCCUCUAAACCACCUCCCUGGAACAUGUGGGACAGGAACCCAAGCGGCAUCUGAGGAGGGCAGGUUCUGCCAGGCACAGAGGGCUCCAGCGUGAUUGCCACUGGUUAAUGACCUGCGCCCCCCGCCCCCCUAACCUCUGGUGCCGUCCAAGGACUCUGACCCCAGUGCAGUGUCUGUAGGGAAGAGGAGCCAUGGGGCUUCGGGCAGGCCCCAUCCUGCUGCUGCUGCUGUGGCUGCUGCCAGGGGCCCAUGGGGAUGUGCUGCCUUCAGAAUGCGGCCACUCCAAGGAGGCCGGGAGGAUUGUGGGAGGCCAAGACACCCAGGAAGAACGCUGGCCGUGGCAGGUUGGCCUGUGGUUGGCCUCAGUGGGGCACAUAUGUGGGGGCUCCCUCAUCCACCCACGCUGGGUGCUCACAGCCGCCCACUGCUUCCUGAGGUCUGAGGAUCCCAGGCUCUACCGUGUUAAAGUCGGAGGGCUGACACCCUCCCUUUCAGAGCCCCACUCGACCUUGGUGACUGUGAAGAGGCUCCUGGUCCACUCCUCAUAUCGUGGGGCCACCACCAGCGGGGACAUUGCCCUGAUGGAGCUGGAAUUCCCCUUGCAGGCCUCCCAGUUCAGCCCCGUCUGCCUCCCAGGACCCCAGACCCCCCUUGCCAUUGGGUCCCUGUGCUGGGUAACAGGCUGGGGGUCCACCCAGGAGAGAGCCCUGGCGAGUGUCCUUCAGGAGGUGGCUGUGCCCCUCCUGGACUCGAACGCGUGUGAGCUGAUGUACCACCUAGGAGAGCCCAGCCUGGCUGGCCAGCGCCUCAUCCAGGACGACAUGAUCUGCGCUGGCUCUGUCCAGGGCAAGAAAGACUCCUGCCAGGGUGACUCCGGGGGGCCGCUGGUCUGCCCCAUCAAUGAUACGUGGGUCCAGGCUGGCAUUGUGAGCUGGGGAUUCGGCUGUGCCCGGCCUUUCCGGCCUGGUGUCUACACCCAGGUGCUAAGCUACACAGACUGGAUUCAGAGAACCCUGGCUGAACCUCGCUCAGGCAUGUCCGGGGCCCGCCCAGGUGCCCCUGGGUUCCUCUCAGGCAUCUCUGGGUCCCAUCCAGGCACCUCCAGGUCCCACCCAGUGCUGCUGCUUGAGCUGUUGACCGUACGCUUGCUUGGGUCCCUGUGAACCCUGAGUCAUGGAGUCCAGGGUCCCCCUUCUGGUAGGAUUGAUGGAAUCUAAUAAUAAAAACUGUAGGUUUUUUUUAAUGUGUA